UCCCGCCCAACUUCUCUGCGACUAAAAUCUCUCUUAUCCCUCGACCGCCCCCCACCCAGGCCCGCAGGACCCCUGCCAUGGCCCGGUCUUACGGCGGCCGGGUGCUGGCCGCGAUGACCCUGCUGGGCAUCCCGGCGGCGGUGCUGGCGGCGCUGGGAGCGCAGCUGCUGUUCCAGCUGCAGGCGGGCCGCGCGGAGCUGCGGGGAAUGCGCGCCGACGGGCUCGGCCCGGAGCUGGGCGCCGGCCCGGGGCUGCCCGAGGACGCGGCCGGGGCGCUGCUGCCUCUGGCCGCCGCGCUCGCCGCGCUCGCGCUGGUGCUGGGCCUCACCAGCCUUCUGCUCGCCGCGCUCUGCGGCCACCUGGGCGCCGAGCUGGCGCGGGGGCCCGGUCCCGGCAGGUCUGACUGGUUUCUUUAUGACUGCCGCCUCCUCAGACACGUGGCCCUUGGCCUCUUCUGCUGCGGGGUCUCUGUCUACUUAGCAGCCCUGUCCAUCUACGCCCUGCUGCUCUUUGAGAUCGAGACCGGAGCGGCAGCCGCCGCCAUCCUCGGAGUGGGCGCUCUGGUCCUGGUGGCGGUACUGACUCACACUCUGCUCCGAGCUGCCCGGGCCACCCGCCGUGGCCUCCACGAACUGUCCCCACCGCACUUUGAGGAUGACCCUGUCCGCCCGGCUGAAGUCUCCAAGGCCAGCCCCGGGGCUCAGCCUCAGCAGGGUACCCACCACUGGACCCCCUACUCAUCCUUUCCAGAACCUGGGGACCCCCUCAGGCCCACAGGCGCUGCUACAGUGCCUGCAACCAAGGGGGGAGGCCGGGAGGGCAGCCUGCAUUUAUCCCGCAUGCACCGGACAGUGUCAGCGGGCAGAGGGCACUGGGAAGGGAUCACCCAUGAGAUGCGCAGCAUGCUGGGCCACAGGCCAGGGGGCUCAGGGAAGGACUCCACCCUGGUGUGAACCCAGGGAUUGGGGACCGAUAUCUGGGGUAUCAGGCAGCAGGAAGAGGACU